AUGUCUCAAGGAGAGAUUGAAUGUAUGGUUGAUAGUGGAACCACCCAUACUAUCUUAAGAAAUAGACAAUUGUUUGUUAACUUGACCCCUUAUAAUACAUCUGUGAUUACGAUGAUUGGAUCAUCACAAGUGAUAAUUGGGAGAGGUAAUGCUCAAUUCAUAUUGCCAAAUGGCACAGUGAUUAAAGUCACAGAAGCUCUAUAUGCACCAAGAGCUAACCGCACCUUGUUAAGUUUCAAAGAUAUUCGUGCAAACCGUUAUCAUUUGGAAACUCACAGUGAAAAUGGAAUUGAAUACAUAGAUGUUACCUCUAAUGAAUGUGGAAGAAAACGCAUUUUAGAGAAACUAAUUAGUCAAUCUAGUGGAUUAUACCUCACUCCUAUUCGGGUCAUUGAAUCUCAUGUUGUUACCAAUGAUGAGUUGUUGAAUAGUGACUCAUACAGGCUUUGGCAUGACCGAUUAGGGCACCCUGGUCGUGACAUGAUGAUCCGUGUUUUAAAGAACUCACAUGGAGAUCCUUAUUUUCUAGGAAAAAAUAAAAUGGGACAACAGACUAUUACAAUACAAAGCAACCAACUACUAACUGGUCAGAGUGUUACUCCAACACGACAGUUGCCUUCUCAAGAAGCUGAUGUGCAACAUAUUUCCCAUUCUGCUUCAUUGACUAUGUCAAAAGCACAUCAUUUAUUUUGCAAAGCCUAUUCUUUAGCAAAAACAGGAUCGAGACCAUCCUAUGCUAAAGAUACCAAGAAAAAUAUCCCAUUUUUUCAUAGGAUACAAGGUAAUAUUUGUGGACCUAUACAUCCAGAAUGCGGACCAUUCAGGUAUUUUAUGGUUCUGGUAGAUGUUUCGACUCGUUGGUCACACGUUGCAUUAUUGUCCACAAGAAAUGCUACAUUUGCAAAGCUCCUAGCACAAAUUAUUCGUUUGAGGGCUCAGCACCCUGAUUACCCUAUCAAGUCUAUCAGACUUGAUAAUGCUGGAGAAUUCACAUCAAAAGGAUUUGAUGAUUAUUGUAUGUCUAAUGGAAUAGACGUAGAGCAUCCGUACCCCAUAUUCACACUCAAAAUGGUCUUGCAGAAGCUACUAUCAAAAGGUUACAAAUGA